AGCUGUGGUGUUCCCACCUACAUGCCCAACCUGGCCAACCGGGUGGUGGGAGGAGAAGACGUCAGACCUCACAGCUGGCCCUGGCAGGUCUCCCUACAGUACCUUAAGGAUGACACCUUUAGACACACCUGCGGAGGCAGCCUGAUCUCCAGCCAGCAUGUCCUGACUGCCGCCCACUGCAUCAGCAAAGACAAAACCUACCGAGUGUUGUUGGGCAAGAAUAACCUGGUGGAGGAAGAGGCUGACGCAGUGGCAGCAGCUGUGGAUACCAUUUUUGUCCAUGAGAAGUGGAACUCCUUCCUGGUGCGCAAUGACAUCGCCCUUAUCAAGCUGGCUGAACCUGUGGAACUGAGUGACACCAUCCAGGUGGCCUGCCUGCCCCCAGAGGGAUCUCUGCUGGCUCAUGACUAUCCUUGCUAUGUGACUGGCUGGGGGCGCCUCUGGACCAAUGGCCCCAUUGCUGAUAAUCUCCAACAAGGCUUCCUGCCCAUAGUGGACCAUACUACGUGCACCAAGAGUGACUGGUGGGGCAGCAUGGUGACCCAAAAAAUGGUGUGUGCUGGAGGAGAUGGCGUCAUCUCGGCCUGCAAUGGGGACUCAGGUGGACCCCUGAACUGUCAGGCUGAAAAUGGAGCCUGGGAAGUGAGAGGGAUUGUGAGUUUUGGUUCUGCCUGGGGCUGCAACACAUCUAAGAAGCCCACAGUCUUCACCCAGGUCUCUGCCUACAUGGACUGGAUUAAUGAGAAAAUGCUGCUCUGAACAAUCACAGGCCUCUCUCCUGGAAAUCCUCUGGAUGCUACCCAAUCAACCUUCCCAUUGAGCCAUUUUUUCCCCAUCUUGGAUUUUCAAUAAAGUCUCCUCUCCUGUGUAUUCAC